UAGGCAUUCAACGUCUUUCCAAAUUUCAGCUCUCUUUGAUUCACACCAGCAGUCAUGGAUUCCUACGAUGAUGCUACUAUCUACAAGAUCGAGCAUGCCGGGCGAGUGAGCUUGCCUGUCUCACGAACGGUCGCCGGAUUCUUCUGCGCCCUUGCCAUUCUCGCAGCGGUUGGCAGGAUAGCAGUUCGACUCAUGAUUCGACGACGCCUCUUCGCCGAUGAUUACCUUCUUCUCUUUGGCCUCGCGUCCCUCGGAGCAGCCACCGGUGUCUUCUACAAAUUCAGCUGGCUCAUUUACGUGCUCAACAUACUCAAGUAUGAUAGGAGCGUAAUCCCGACCGCUUCGGAUCUCAAAGCUAUCAUGAAUGCACAGGCCAUCAAUUAUUCGCUCAUGGCAUUAAUGUGGUCGGCAAUAUUUCCUGUCAAGCUUUGUUUCCUCGUAUCCUUCAAAGUACUCAUAAAGGACGUUUCAAGGGCUAUCGUGGCCUGGUACUGGGCUACUCUUUCUUUGACGAUAGCAGUGUGGGCGCUUAUGAUCGCGCUCCCAUUCAUUGAAUGCCCGUACACGGGGCAGGACCUCAUUCUGCACUGCACGCCUGAGACUCCUUACAAGAAAACAAUCGCCGGCAAUUGGCUGGCCUUCAGCACCGAUGCGAUCACAGAUAUAAUGAUCGUGGCGAUUCCCGUCUACAUCCUACGUCAUGUUCGCAUUCGCCUCACCCAGAAACUUGCCAUCGCCUCUUUCCUAUGCCUUUCUGCAGUUAUGGUAGUAACUUCGCUCAUUCGGGCUGUCCUAAGCCGUCACCGUGGAUGGGGAGAUCUCACGAUGCAGUACCUCCUCAUAUAUAUCGAGGCAUGCGUCGCAAUCUCCAUGGCUUCCAUUGCUGCAUACCGUGCAGUUUUCGUGGAACGAAACAAACAGAAGGAAAUGGAAGCGCAAAGAGCGCUUGAUCAGCAACAAGUUCAUCACAUCGACGGCCGUAAUUUUCAACUCCAGGAAAUUCCAGCAAAUACGUUCAAAGGCCGCAUUCGACAACUUCGCCAAAUGCACAAUGGCUCGGAUAUAUCGGACGGUACGCACAUAUCAGGAACGGCGUACCUUGAUCAACCACGGACGGGCGGGCCGAAGUUGAGUACGGUUUUGUCCUUCAUCAGAGGCGUGGGUAGAACGAGGCAGGAGUCUUCCGUCGAUUCGGCACCGGAUUUGGAUACUUUCCAUAGUGGUCCCGCUAGCAAAGAAGAACAGGGCAGUAAGAGCGAAGGAAGUAGAAGCCUAAGCUACAGCUGAAUGGAGGGGGAUGCAUGAGGGGCGGGAUGGCGAGGACAUUCGCGUAUCUUCUUCGCGAGGCUGAUGCAAAUACGCCAUGAGAGAGCGGCACACGGUAUUGAUUCAAUCACUAGCUUUCCAGAAAGUUACGAAGCAUACAACUUUUGCUCAGGAUUCAUGCCCGCAGCACUCUUGUCUUGACUUCCAACUGUCUUGGUCAUGUAUCAGAACAAUAGCGCGCUGCCC